UGUGUUCGCAUGUAAACAAAGGGCGGGAAGGCAAGUGUCCCUGGUACGGGCUGCUGAGUUUGCUAAACUUAUAUUUACCAGCUUGUUUUUGUGUGUGACUUGACUUUUUGGAUAUUAGGAUUAAACUUCAAGCAAGAGAAACAGCAGAAUGGGAUCGACAUUGGAUGACACCUUCCGUAUCCUAAUAGCUACUGAUAAUCAUCUUGGCUAUGCAGAAAAGGAUCCUGAAAGAGGAAAUGACAGCUUUGAAACUUUUGAGGAAAUUCUGAAAAUGGCAGUAGAACAACAAGUGGACUUUAUCCUGCUUGGUGGUGAUUUGUUUCAUGAGAAUAAACCCUCCAGGCAGUGUCUUGUGAAAUGCAUGGAGCUUCUCCGCAAGUAUACCUUUGGAGACAAGCCUGUUUGCUUUGAGUACAUAAGUGAUCCAACUGAGAACUUCAAGAAUUCCAAGAACCCAAUGGUCAACUUUCAUGACCCAAAUCUCAAUGUUUCAAUUCCUGUGUUUUCAAUUCAUGGCAACCAUGAUGAUCCUUCAGGACUUGGUCAGUUUUGUGCUCUAGACAUGCUUUCAACAGCUGGCUUAGUCAACUAUUUUGGACGCACUGGAGACCUCAAGAACAUCACCAUCAGUCCUGUAUUGCUGGAAAAAGGAACAAACAAAUUGGCACUAUUUGGUUUGUCAUCCAUCAAAGAUGAGAGGCUCUUUAGAUUGUUCAAAGAAAAUAAGGUCAAGAUGAUGCGACCAAAGGAAUUCCACGACGAAUGGUUCAACAUCAUGGUGGUCCACCAGAACCACGCAAAACAUGGCAUGUCCAAUUACCUCCCAGAAGCUUUCUUGGACCCUUUCCUUCAUCUUGUCAUCUGGGGUCAUGAGCAUGAAUGUCUUAUUCAACCACGACUCAGUGCUGAUAAUUCGUUCCAUGUUGUACAACCAGGAAGUUCAGUUGUAACUUCAUUUUGUGCUGGUGAGGCUGUUGAAAAGCAUGUUGCUCUACUUGAGGUGAAUAAUAAGCAGUUGUUUAAUGUAACCCCUCUCAAGCUUGAGACUGUCCGGCCAUUUGUAUUUGAUGAUGUGUGCUUGGCUGAUCAAGAUCUGGAUUAUGUAAUUGGGAAUAAAGAAAGAAACCCAGUAGAGGAGUUUGUUGAAGAACACAUCCGUGGUAUGAUUUUGCAGGCCAAGGAACAACUCACAGGUCAUCCAAAACAACCCAAAAAGCCACUUAUCCGUCUUCGAGUUGUAUAUACAGAUGAGUCUCAGAUGUUCAACACAGCCAGAUUUAGCCACAAGUUUACAGAAGAUGUUGCAAAUCCCAAUGAAAUGAUCUUAUUCAAAAAAGAACGUAAAGAAAAAAAGAAAAAUGAGACUGGUAUUGAUAAGGAGGCCAUGGACGCAGUUUUUGCUGGUGAAGAUGUUGCAGAGACAAGAGUGGAGGAUCUUGUGGAGCAAUAUUUUUCAGAGCUGCAGGAUUACACACAGAAGCUAUUCUUACUCUCGGAGCGAGGUUUAGCAAAGGGGGUAAACACCUUUGUCGAGAAAGAUGACAGAGAUGCCAUCAGCACUGUUUUUCAGCAUCAAGUUAAGAAGACUGUGGACCACAUUUUAUCCGGAGAUGGAGAUAUUGAUGAGGAAAAUAUUUUGGAUGCAAUUAUCACCUAUCGAGAAGAAAGACUUACAAAGAAUAAUCCGCAGUUGGAGGAACAAGAGGCACAAGCAGCCUUAAGUAGUACAACAAGAGAGAGAAGAAGAGUUAGUGAUGAUGAUGAUGCGAUGAUGGAUGACAUUGAUAUGGAUGACCUCAGCCCUCCGCCAGCUAGAGGAAGAGGAUCGCGAGGAGGUCGUGGACGAGGCAGUAGAGGGUCCCGUGCUAGGGCAGCAAGCUCGUCAGCUAGCACCACUCAGACAUCAAGCAAAAAUCAGUUGUCGAUGAUUGGUGAUGGUUCUCCUAAGGUAUCACAAUCUUCAACCAGGGCACGAGCAUCACGAGGAAGAGGAAGGGCAGCGACAAGAAAUCAGAGUAUCAUGGAAUCAUUUUCUCGGGCCAGAACUGCUGCUUCAAGUCGUAAAGGAAUUGUCUAUGACAGUGAUGAUGAUUAGUAGAUCAGUUCCAGCUAUGAAUUGUUCACAUUAGAUAUAUUAGUAUUUCAUGACAAAGUGAUAUUUUAUAAUUAUUGUUUGUUCCACUCAUGCAUUACAUGAACUUCAAGAGAUUUUUUUUUUUAUCACUUACAAGGAAAUGAACCUCUGGUUUGUACAUAUAUUUUUUUUAUUAUGGUUUACAUAGAUUGCUAUUGUCUUUGGAUAUUCCAUGGUGCAGUACAAGGCAUGAAUCUUCCUACUUUUGUGUGAUGUACUACUAUUACCACUAACAAAGCAUGACAAAAAACCUGUCACCUCUGAAAUGUGGUAUGGCCAAUAUUCCAUCAUGUAGCAUCAGUUGUAAUUGUAUAUCAGCCAAAAGCAGGAAGAGAGUUGUCUCUUGUAUUUUGUAUAACUUCUUAUAUUCUUUGAAUUUU